CGAUGCUGAAGCCUCUUCCUUUUCCCUUCCCGUCGCGGCGCCAGCCAGGUCGGGGCAAGGAAGGUCACACGCGUCCCUCCUUCGAGCAAGGCUAAGAGCCCUGCCUAUCUCGGUUUCCUCCCCAAACCCUCUGCAGAACAUCCCUUUGCAUAACAGACAAAAUGGUACAUGCUGAAGCCUUUUCUCGCCCGUUGAGCCGGAAUGAAGUUGUUGGCUUAAUUUUCCGGUUAACAAUAUUUGGUGCUGUGACUUACUUCACCAUAAAAUGGAUGGUAGAUGCAAUAGAUCCAACCAGGAAGCAAAAGGUAGAAGCUCAGAAACAGGCAGAGAAGUUAAUGAAGCAAAUAGGUGUGAAAAAUGUAAAGCUUACUGAAUAUGAAAUGAGCAUUGCUGCACACCUCGUAGACCCUCUUAGCAUGCAUGUAACGUGGAGUGAUAUUGCAGGUUUAGAUGAUGUUAUUACAGACCUGAAGGAUACUGUCAUUUUACCGAUCAGGAAGAAACAUUUGUUCCAGAACUCCAGACUCUUACAGCCACCAAAAGGAGUUCUUCUCUAUGGGCCUCCAGGCUGUGGUAAAACCUUGAUUGCCAAAGCAACAGCAAAGGAAGCCGGUUGUCGAUUUAUUAAUCUUCAGCCCUCAACACUGACAGACAAAUGGUAUGGGGAGUCUCAGAAGCUGGCAGCAGCUGUUUUUUCCCUUGCUAUGAAGCUUCAACCUUCCAUCAUCUUUAUUGAUGAAAUAGAUUCUUUCCUACGGAGCCGUUCCAGUUCUGAUCAUGAAGCCACAGCUAUGAUGAAGGCCCAGUUCAUGAGUCUCUGGGAUGGUCUGGACACCGACUACAAUUGUCAAGUGAUAGUGAUGGGAGCUACCAAUCGCCCUCAGGAUCUUGAUUCCGCUAUUAUGAGAAGAAUGCCUACACGGUUCCAUGUCAACCAGCCUGCACUGAAGCAGAGAGAAGCAAUCUUGAAACUGAUUUUGACAAAUGAAAAUGUGGACAGGCAUGUAGAUCUCCUUGAAGUUGCUAGAGAAACUGAUGGGUUUUCAGGAAGUGACUUGAAAGAAAUGUGUCGUGAUGCUGCACUCCUCUGUGUCCGGGAGUAUGUUAAUUCUUCCUAUGAAGAAAGUCAAGAUGAUGAUGAGAUACGGCCUGUGCAACAGAGGGAUCUACACCGGGCAAUUGAGAAGAUGAGGAAGUCAAAAGAUGCAACGAACCAGAAUGUUCUAAUGCAUGUUAGUUUAGAUUGAGUGUGAGUGAGUGUGUGUGUCUGUUUGUAUGUUUCAGUGUGGCCUCAUUCAGUGGCUUGCUAUGUGAUUUGGGUAGCAGAAAUGGAUUGGAAGCAAAAAUAGCCUUUUAAUAAUUGUUUCUGGAAUUGUUUUUAUAUUCUGACAUUUAAGUUAUUGAAAACUAGUUCUCUUUCAGAAUUGAAGAUGGCCUCAGUAGCAGAUCAUGACAUGGAAGAAUGUAGUCCAGCUCAAAAGCAAUGUUCUGUUUCAUUGUUGCAGCCUUAAAAGCCUUUGGUAGGUUCUAGUGUGGCACACUGAUUCUCUGGGGAGGGGAAUUGGACUCUAUGUGUAUAUAUGUAUGAAUGUGUGUGUAUAUGAUAUGUAUAUAUGUAUCUCCACACAGUUUUUAUAGAGAGACAUAUGUAGAUAAUUUGAAUAUGAAAAGCCUUCUUUUUUGUUUUUUACUUAAUUGCUGGAUCAAAUUAAAUCAGAGGAUUAAAAGGUUCAGUGCACAUUUACCUAUAUUUGUCCAUUACCUUAAUACAAAAGCAGAAUCUGCUUUUGUAUAUAUUUUUUCUCAGAUGCAGGGAAAUAAGACUAAUUUGUUUUCACGUUAACUUAUGGAAUCCACUGGUGCCAAUCAGUUUAGGUAGAAAAGUUAUGUACAACUCAUGGGUUGUUUUUUGUAUGACUCCUAUUACCAGUUUUUUAAUACUGUCAUAAUUGUCCAUAGCAGAACAUUGCUAAAAUUGCAUUUCACUAUAAUUUAUUUUUCUGUUUCUUAGUUGUGAGUCAUUUCCACUUUGACUUAGUGGACUUACACUGAAGGAUUCCUGCUGAUGAAGUUCUUUUAUCGCUUGCUACUAGAUGCCAGUGGUCACAACAAAAAAUAUUAAGCUCUUGGCUUGCUUCUUUUCACCUCUAAUUGUGCUAAUUUCAGUAGUCCUCCAUAGGCCUUCCACUGAUUAGUAUGAAUUAGUCACAAUCAAGUAUUUUCUGGGGGACAAAUGGGUAACAAUGAGAUACAGAACAUAUCAGGUUUAGUGUUAAAAAUCAAUUUUAAUCUCCACCCCCCCCCCCCCCGCCUUUUCCUGAGCUAAUUGAUGCAUUUACGCUAAUUAAAACUGCCGGGUACUUGGUAUAUUCUCAAUACUAAGAGUUUGAUCCCACCACUGCGCUCUGUUAAUAAGAGCAAAGCCUUCUUCCUGCACAGGGAGCUCUUGCCACCAGAAGACUCCAUGUUUCGCUGAGGAGAAUGUUAUGAUCGUUUGGUUUUUAACGCACUGGAAAUUAAAAUGAGCAUGUUGUCCACAAGACAGAAACUGGGCCCAUUUUUAAAAAUGGAGUUUUAUCUCCUUAUCCAAACGAAGCAUCAGGCAGCCUUAACAGUAUGGAUGAUUAUUUGGAAAUAGGUCCCAGUGUACUGAAUUGGCCUUUGAUGUAAAGUGCAUAGAAUUGCAGCUAGAGAAUGAUAGUAUUCUAUUCCUUUUACUGAUCGACCAUGUUUGAUAAUACCAUUGUUCCAUUAUUCACAUAUAAGGAUACUUUGUUCUUUUCUGUUUGUCGUUCUGUCUCAAGUCUCAAUCUGAAUAACGGGAAGCAGCAGUGACAGAGAGAAUCCCUGUCUGGUGUUUGUUUUUAAAUUUAGUGAUUCUUCUUUGGAUUUAGAAUAUAUAGAUCCCCCCCCCCAAAUUUUCAAUUUAAAUAAUACCUUGAAUCCAAAGUAAUGUCUUUUUAGCACUGAGCAAUAAACAAACAGCAGAUGAUAACCUGGAUAUUUCAUUCAGUAUCCUGCCAAAUUCUCCCUUCCUAUUCACUGUAUGCCUCUCUGAGGAAUUCCCAUCCGUCGGACUCCAUGCCGAGUACGAAGGCUGCAUGUGCCCAAUAGGGUGCAGUAGGGCUCUGCUGGAAUCAUGCCAGCCCACAGCAAACUCCCUAGUUUAUUGUCAGUCUCUUGUAAUAUUGAAUAAAUCCUGUUUGAUUUACUCUGAUAUAAUUUGCACUAAAAUUCUUUGAGAUUUCGAUAAUAUAUUUGUCAUGCAUGUAAUCUAGAUUUAAUAUAGAAAUUGGAUUAAAACUCUACAAAAGCAGUAUCUUUACUUGACUUCCUAAUCAUCAUGAACUUUUUAUUCCAGUAGUUUGAGAUACCAUCCUUCAUGUAUAUACCUCUUUUGUUUGUCUUUUUGAUGUAGAGAAAGCUGUCUACAAGACUUCCCCGUUGUUUUUCUACCUUUUUCUAAUUCUGUACUUUUUUUGAAGGCUGGUCACUCAGAACCUGCUCAUUCAAAUCAUUUUAAUUUUGGAUCCAGUGGAAGUUAAUCAUGCAUAGGUCCCAUGUGACUUUUUAGUUUCAACUAAGCACAACCAGUUUAGUUUGAAUUGGGCCCUUAAUGAAGUGCUGUUAAAUCUCUUGCUGUUUUACUUUUGAUCUCGUUCUAAAAAUAGUAAAUCUGGAACAUAUAAGGCCUUUUUUUUGAUGUAGCUACCUUUUUAUUGUGACCAAGCUCUUUCUCAGACAGUUCUAUCUAAUUCACAACCGAGUUAGUAUGUAAUUUAGUCAGGAUUAUUUUUCUUCAUGUACAUUUUGGAAGAAUCCUUCUUUUCAGUUGGCUUUAAAAAAUUUGUUGUUUUGGAGGAACUGGGAAAAUGGGCUACGCCUCUACUUGCUCUCUCAGUUAAGUUCAGAUACUUCCUUGGCUCACAAUCCUUUUUGCAUAGUGGACAAUUGCAGGUGGAGAAAUCGGUGCACUCCUGUUCUCUGCUGUGCACGUACAUAACAAGAGGCUAGUGCUCUGGGUGAAGGUCUGGUUUAUGCAUUUCUUUGCUCUGAAAAGGGUGGGGAGUGCUCUGCCUGAAGCCAGCCCUAACAUUUUAUAGUAUUUGUGUAGGUUUGGAGUGUCUGCCUGGUUCUCCAUCACAGUGAGGACUGCCCAGCUGAAAUGUGCCUGAAACGGACCUAUGAACUGUAUUCUUGUGAACCUUCUUUAUUAUGAACGUUGUUCUUUUUAGUAACCUGCCUUAGUUUUUUAAAUUAAUAACUGCAUAUCCUUAGGAAGACUGUUCUUUUACCCUUAAACUGCAAGGCUUUAUCAAAACUAUAUUCAGAUGUCACUUACCACUUGCUUUAAACUGGGAGGUGCAUGGAUCUGUCUUGCUGCUGGGCUCAUGCCCCUCACUCUUCCCUGCUUAUCCGUUCCCUUUUCAUGCAGAGACUUACCUGUAGCUACUGAAUCCAGGAGCACCACGACAUACACAGGUGCACUAGUUAACAGGAACCACCACCACCCCCCCCCCGGAUUCUAAACCAGAGCUUGAUAGAGUCUUAGAAUCUCAGCUUGUGUGGUGGAAAAGUAAUGUCUGAAUGCUACCUAAGAAUCUUUGGUCAGGCUGUAAAAUACAAGCAAUAGAUGCUUUGUCACUGGUAAACCUCAGCUCUAUCUCCUACUGCUUGAUCACAAAGCAAAAUUACUUGGCUUGAUAAAACACAAUGACCACUGUUUUGUAGUAAUGCUAAUAAGUGCGGCCAAUGAUAGAAAACAGCAAAGAGUUCCACCAGGUUUGAUGAAUGUGAUGAGGGCUUUCUUUGUAUUUCAAUAUUAGGUGAAGCCAUAAAUAGUACAAGGCUAUAGCAACACAUUUGCAACUGUUUUUUCCCCCUCCCCUGUGUGCUACUGCUACUUUUUUCCCACAUGGUUGUUAGGAACAAGAAAAAUAAAAUGUAUUUUGACCACAAUGGCUAAGUGUAAAUGAGGAAAUACAAAUAAACUGCCUGGCUUCUGUCUUUA